AUGUACGACGAAGACGGGACCACGGCGGACCAGAAGAUCGAGGACGACAGAAGCGUGAUCGAGGCGUCGGGUGGGAUCAGCGGCGAGCGAGUGAUCGCCACCGCCGGAGGUAUCGGCGUCGGCGUUGGCAUCGGGAUCGGUGGCUCUGGCGCCGGUCCCGCCGGUGGCGCAGGAUUAGCCAGCUACUGGCAACACGCUGCUACCACCGCCACUGGCUACUGGCCGUCGUUGCUCGACUGUUGGACCACGCCGUCCAUCGCUUCCACCUCGCAGACGCUCUCUCUGCCGCGAGACGAGAACUGA